AUGCGUUAUCCUGUGUGUAGCUCACUCCCAGUGAUGCGUUAUCCUGUGUGUAACUCACUCCCAGUGAUGCGUUAUCCUGUGUGUAACUCACUCCCAGUGACAGGUUAUCCUGUGUGUAACUCACUCCCAAUGAUGGGUUAUCCUGUGUGUAGCUCACUCCCAGUGAUGCGUUAUCCUGUGUGUAACUCGCUCCCAGUGAUGUGUUAUCCUGUGUGUAACGCACUCCCAGUGACAGGUUAUCCUGUGUGUAACUCACUCCCAGUGACAGGUUAUCCUGUGUGUAACUCGCUCCCAGUGACAGGUUAUCCUGUGUGUAACUCGCUCCCAGUGAUGUGUUAUCCUGUGUGUAACUCACUCCCAGUGACAGGUUAUCCUGUGUGUAACUCUCUCCCAGUGACAGGUUAUCCUGUGUGUAACUCACUCCCAGUGAUGGGUUAUCCUGUGUGUAGCUCACUCCCAGUGAUGCGUUAUCCUGUGUGUAACUCGCUCCCAGUAAUGUGUUAUCCUGUGUGUAACCCGCUCCCAGUGAUGUGUUAUCCUGUGUGUAACUCACUCCCAGUGACAGGUUAUCCUGUGUGUAACUCGCUCCCAGUGAUGGGUUAUCCUGUGUGUAACUCACUCCCAGUGACAGGUUAUCCUCUGUGUAACUCGCUCCCAGUGAUGCGUUAUCCUGUGUAUAACUCACUCCCAGUGACAGGUUAUCCUGUGUGUAACUCUCUCCCAGUGACAGGUUAUCCUGUGUGUAACUCACUCCCAGUGACAGGUUAUCCUGUGUGUAACUCACUCCCAGUGGCAGGUUAUCCUUUGUGUAACUCUCUCCCAGUGACAGGUUAUCCUGUGUGUAACUCACUCCCAGUGACAGGUUAUCCUGUGUGUAACUCGCUCCCAGUGAUGUGUUAUCCUGUGUGUAACUCACUCCCAGUGAUGCGUUAUCCUGUGUGUAACUCACUCCCAGUGACAGGUUAUCCUGUGUGUAACUCACUCCCAGUGACAGGUUAUCCUGUGUGUAACUCUCUCCCAGUGACAGGUUAUCCUGUGUGUAACUCACUCCCAGUGACAGGUAUCCUGUGUGUAACUCACUCCCAGUGACAGGUUAUCCUGUGUGUAACUCUCUCCCAGUGACAGGUUAUCCUGUGUGUAACUCACUCCCAGUGACAGGUUAUCCUGUGUGUAACUCUCUCCCAGUGAUGCGUUAUCCUGUGUGUAACUCACUCCCAGUGAUGCGUUAUCCUGUGUGUAACUCACUCCCAGUGACAGGUUAUCCUGUGUGUAACUCACUCCCAGUGACAGGUUAUCCUGUGUGUAACUCUCUCCCAGUGACAGGUUAUCCUGUGUGUAACUCUCUCCCAGUGAUGUGUUAUCCUGUGUGUAACUCACUCCCAGUGACAGGUUAUCCUGUGUGUAACUCUCUCCCAGUGACAGGUUAUCCUGUGUGUAACUCUCUCCCAGUGACAGGUUAUCCUGUGUGUAAUUCCCUCCCAGUGACGGGUUAUCCUGUGUAACUCAAGCCUAGCGAAGUCUUAUCCAGUGUUGAUUCUUUGUUCACAUUGUUGGUGCCUCUGAAGAUUCACAAUUUGGGAUCUUGAUUUUCAAAAGGUUCCAUCUUUCCGUGUUUUCAAUAAACCUCCCUGAAUCUCA